AUGAGGUUGAUUCGAUCGUUCUUGUUGUGCGCGGGGGUCAGCUAUGGAUUCUACUUUCCUGGUGUAUCUCCAGUUACGUACCAUAUUGGAGAUGAGAUUCCAUUGCUAGUGAACUAUCUUUCUAGUGAUUUUUUGUGGAACAUAGAUUACUAUUCUGAUAGCAUCGGUUUAUGUAAGCCAAAUACUAUAAAGGAGCAAUCUGAAUCGUUAGGAUCAGUUAUAUUUGGUGAUAGGUUGUACAACUCGCCAUUUAAAGUGAGCAUGUUAAAAAAUAGUGAAUGUGUCAAGCUUUGUGAUACCACAAUAGACACCGCUUUAUGGAAUACGUUCUUUGGGUAUCGAUAUUCUUAUAAUUGGUUAGUGGAUGGGUUACCUGUAUUGGGUAUUGAUGGUACUUCGGAUGCUAAUGGUUACCAUAAUAAUUCAGAGCUUUUCAUGGGAUAUCAAGCUGAUGAGCAGAAGUACAUCUACAAUCAUUUUGACAUAUAUAUCCACUACAAUGAUCGUGGUAAAGGUGAAUAUCGGGUCGUUUUUGCAGAAGCGAAGCCAAUUUCUUUACCACGUACAGGUUCUGAACUUUGUUCAAAAGAUGCUAAGCCAGUUCCAAUCGGUUCAGGUAAUCAUGAGAAUAUUACGUUCACAUAUUCAGUGAUAUUCAAAAAGAGUGACAUAUCUUGGUCUACUAGAUGGGAUCAAUAUCUUCAUGUUUAUGACUUUGAUAUUCAAUUGGCUGAACUUAUCAGCUUUAGUUUGGUCGUUUUGUUACUAUCUUCCGUUCUUGUUCAUUCACUGUUCCGUGUAUUGAAACGAGACAUUGCCGCUUAUAGCGAAUUCAAUUUAGACGAUGAGUUUCAACAAGAUUAUUGCUGGAAAAUAAUACAUGGUGAGGUUUUUAGAUCACCUAGCAAGGCUUUACUGCUAUCCGUAUUCGUUGGUUCCGGCUCACAGCUAUUUUUCAUGGCGCUUUGCACUGUAUUACUCGGCUCCUGUGGAUUUUUAUCUCCAAGUGCUAGAGGUUCCUUAGGGACUGUCAUGUUUGUUCUCUAUGCACUUUUUGGUGGAGUUGGUUCUUACACAUCCAUGUCCAUUUAUAAAUUCUUUGGUGGUCAGAAUUGGAAAUUGAAUUUAAUCCUCACUCCGUUACUAAUUCCGGUGUUUUUAUUUGUUACAACGGUAUUGCUUAACUUUUUUCUCAUAUACGCCAAAUCCUCUGGUGCAAUGCCCUUUGGUACCAUGGUAACGAUUAUCAUAUUAUGGUUUAUAUUGUCUGUCCCAGUAUCUAUCAUUGGUUCUUUAUUAUCUUGGAAACUAAAUCGAUGGGAUGAGCAUCCGGCUAAAACAAAUCAAAUUGCGAGGCAAGUUCCAUCCCAACCUUGGUACAUAAAGACUUGGGUCGCUACUUUCCUAGCAGGCAUGUUCCCAUUUGGUGCGAUGGCAGUCGAACUAUAUUAUAUCUACGCUUCAAUAUGGGGUGAAAUCAUUUUCUUCAUGUAUGGUUUUUUAUUUGUUGCGUUCAUAUUAUUGACCCUGACCACAUCUUUAGUGACUAUAUUACUCACAUAUUAUUCCUUAUGUAUGGAGAAUUGGAAAUGGCAAUGGCGUUCGUUUAUUAUCGGUGGUGUUGGCUGUUCUGUGUAUGUGUUCCUACAUUCUCUAUUUUUUAUUAAGUUUAAAUUCCCAGGGUUCGUCAGCAUGGUGUUGUACCUUGGGUAUUCCGCCAUGGUCAGUAUUGUAUGUUGCUUAGUUACUGGGUCUAUUGGUUUCUUAGCAAACCUAUGGUUUGUUAGGAAGAUUUAUUCCAACAUUAAAGUCGAUUAG